AUGGCUUAUGGUGAAGCUUUUCAAACGAUGUCGAAUGACUUGAAGAAGGAAUAUCGGAAUGCAGGAUUUAACUUCUACUAUGAAGAAGGUGAUAAAUUUAGGAGAAUGGCGAGUAUGUUAGAAGACAUUCUUCUCUGCACUUGGGAACUUCGACAAGGCCAAGUAGCAAAUAUUGUUGUACUCGCAAAUAUCUUAGAAGAGCUGAUGGUCUAUGUUUUUGUGACUAUGAAAUCGAGAGGUCACAAUGUUGUGUUUGCACGUAAAAGGCAAAGCCACGAGGAUGAUGGCUCCUCAUGCUCACUAGUAGGACGCCUUUCUGAAUCUGGAAUCACGGAAUGGAUUUGUCCAAACCUACUGGACGAAAUCUUAGAAGACGAAGCGUUCGGGAUGUAA